AUGGCGAUUAAGCUUAGUUUCUUUGUUCUACUUAUUUCCUUUUCAUCAUUCUUUUUUCCUAUUUUAUCGAGUAACAUUUUUGAUAGUGGCAUAAACGUUUGGUGCAAGAAAACCCCUUAUCCCGAUCAAUGCAAAUAUUUCAUGAACCAUGGUUCGUACCAUUUUGCACCCAAAAACAAUAUUGAUUUCAAGAAAAUGGCUGUGAAAAUAGCCUUGGAGAGAGCACUUCACGCUGAGAGUUACACCAAAGGACUAGGUGUGAAGUGUAGCAAUGAACUCGAAAGGGCAGCUUGGUCUGAUUGUGUGAAGCUCUACGAGAGCACAAUUCUCCAACUAAAUAAAACUCUCGAUUCCAAUACUAAAUGUACUGAUUUUGAUAUACAAACAUGGCUAAGUACAGCCAUGACAAAUCUUGAAACAUGUCAAACUGGAUUCAUUGAGCUAGGUGUUAAGUCAGACUACAUUUUGCCUAGUCUCAUGUCCAACAACGUGUCUGAAUUAAUAUGUAACACUUUGUCACUCAACAAUAUUGGCUCCAAUAUGAAGCAAACAUAUAAAGAUAGUUUCCCAACUUGGGUAUCUCCGGGGGAUAGAAAAUUAUUGCAAUUAUCCUCCAUAAGUUCAAAUCUUGUGGUGGCUCAAGAUGGUACAGGGAAUUUUCUGACUAUUAAAGCAGCUUUAGAUGCUGCCGCGAAAAGAAGUGGAAAUGAAAGAUUUGUUAUACAUGUGAAACGCGGAGUUUAUAGAGAAAAUUUGGAGAUUGGAAACAAAAUGAAGAAUAUUAUGUUGGUUGGCGAUGGAAUGAAGUACACAAUUAUCACGGGUAGCCGUAGUGUUGGAGGAGGCUCUACCACGUUUAACUCUGGCACCGUUGUGGUUACUGGGGAAGGAUUUAUUGCUCAAGGCAUUACAUUCCGCAACACAGCUGGUCCACAAAACCAUCAAGCAGUUGCACUACGUUCUGGAUCUGACCUAUCAGUUUUCUAUCGUUGUGGAUUUGAAGGGUAUCAAGACACUCUAUAUGUCCAUUCACAACGACAGUUUUAUAAAGAAUGUUAUAUCUAUGGUACAGUAGACUUUAUUUUUGGUAACGCUGCAGUGGUUUUGCAAAAUUGCAUGAUUUUCGCUAGGAGACCUAUGGAUAAACAAAAGAUUACCAUAACAGCACAAGGCCGGACUGAUCCUAACCAAAACACCGGAAUUUCAAUAUAUAACUCGCGAGUUAUGGCUGCAUCUGACCUUAGGCCUGUGCUAGGUACAUUCAAGACAUAUUUAGGACGACCAUGGAAACAAUAUUCACGUACUGUUUUUAUGAAAACAUAUCUUGAUUCAUUGGUGGAUCCUGCUGGUUGGCUAGAAUGGGAUGGUAAUUUUGCUUUAGAUACGUUGUAUUACGGAGAAUACAGGAAUACUGGUGCUGGAGCAUCGACUAGUAGUAGAGUCAAGUGGAGCGGGUAUCGAGUGAUCACAAAUUCAAAUGAAGCAGCAAGUUUCAGCGUGGAAAAUUUUAUUGCUGGUCGAUCAUGGUUGCCAGCAACCAGUGUGCCAUUUCGUGCACGUCUCUAG